AGUCUUGCGUCAAUUGGGUGAAGUAGUAGCCGCAGAUCAAGCACAGUUGAAAUGUCGGGGUGAGUCCCGUUUGCUCGCUGAUGUCCCCCUAGCCGAUGUGGAGACUGCUAAAGAAAUAGCCGCUGGCAUUUCGGAGAAGAAAGAGAAGAUGCGCUUAGAUAAGAAGGAAGAACAACUUUUGAAACUUCCACCUUGGCUGAGGGAUUCUAUGCGACCGGUCAUAUCCAAGCAUAUGAGUGCGAGGCAGAAGUUCGUCCUCAGACAAAGAGAAAAAGCGGAAGCAGAGGCAAGACGAGAAGCCAGCGGACAGGAAGAGCUGUUUGAAGUGGAGGACGGGAGUGCUCUCGAUGUUGACACUUUGGUUGCGGCAGAAACCGAAAAAGCAAAGAAAGCUUCGGGUGCUAGCUUAUCGGCUUUAGCACAGAACCAGAAGGGAGGAGAAAAAGUUUGUGAUUCCACUUCUUCAUCAAGGAACGAGACUGCUGAUGGAUUGACUACUCCCGUCUCUGCCGAUUUAGCUGGUAUCCCGAUUCCAAAACGCUUCGAGGAAAUAAAGAGGGCACAUAAAGUCGAUGCAAUCGUGGAAUUCAACGCAACCUAUGAGAGGUAUGUGAAGGGUAUCUCGCGACGUCGUCAGCGUGUGAAUGUGAGGAAGCCGGAGGAUCCGAUUAUAGACCUUGAUGCUUACUGGGCCAGUUGUUGUGAGGCAGAGCAGGAAGCGGAGAUGAAAGAGGGGAGGAACAACAUGGCUGAAGAACAAACUUUAGGAAGCACCUCAAGAAGGGUCGUGGUUCCAGAGAGUACAGAAGAUGCUUCAGGAAAGCUGGCAACUGGAGAACGUCGAGAACAUCAGAGGGAGAAAAAUGUAGAUGACUAUCUCAGCGGCGAGGGCCUUGACGAAUUUGUGACGUCCUUGGAUAGCACUGGUGCGGAUGCUAGAGUAGAAUCGGAAGCAUACUCGGAAAACACGUUGGCUCCAAAGCCUGAAACGAUAGUAGAGCUCUCAUCCGACACGUCACAAGAACAGAGGCCCCUUUCAAUUGUUGAUCGACUUUUCGCUAGUUUUAGCAGAAAGGAUGCCGGUACAGGUACUGGUGAAGGUAAUUGUGGGACAAGUUCAAGUACAAACUCGACUGGAGAUAGAAAAGGUCCGACUGAGUUGGUUCGCGGUGGCUACUCGAACUUGAACCUAGCAGAUCCAGGAGCAUUUGCGAAUUUGCCGGCUGCGGCGAAAGAAGCGAUCUGCCCUUCUCCACGGGCUUUAUCUGGUGUGCAUGUGUAUCGCAAUAGUGCGCAUGUCGGAGUUGGCGAUGUGGAAUGCAAAGCUACUCAACAGCAACCAGAUGAAGCGAGUGGGCCUCUUCCUACUUCGACCACAACAGGACCACAGCCGAUAUCCAGUUCAAUUUUUUCAGCCGCGCAAGUCGCGAGGGUGUGGGAGAAGGGACUCGAUUUUUUGAAGCCAGUCGUGUUUGAUGAACCUGCUACUCGAUCCGGUGGGACCAUGCCAGAUAAGACAUUAGCUUUAGCUUUAAAACACAGAGAUGGUAGUGAUCCGGCAAAGUUGCCAAGGGUAUCGGAUUAUCCAGGAGCCUCGGCUUUGUCAUCGUCAAAAUCGAAAAGCAAAACCGCUGUGGUGGAGAAAGCAGCAUUUGUUAAGGUCAGCUUUUAUCCAUCUUUCUCGGCAUCUCGGUACCCUUUUUCCUUGUAUUCUCAUGAAAUACAAGGUAAAAGGGGUCAAGAUUAGGGGGGCGAGAUGCAAUCUAGCAGACUCUAAAUUUGGGUCUACUAUACAAGGUGGACCUAUACAAGGUGGACGUGCUUCGGCCUCAUCUUCUAUGACUAAACAAGGAAGCGACUUUGGUGGACAGGAAAAGAGAGACCUGAGUGACGGUGAAGACCCAUCGGACGAAGAUGCUAGUUCUGAUUCUGGUAUUCAGUUAGAUCGUAAGCUUGCUCAAUGGAAGGAGAAGGAAAUUAAGGGUAGGUUAAAGGUGCUUUUCUUACCGCUUUUUUUGCUUCUCCGAAGGGAGAAAGGCAUAACAAGCGGGGUAAGCGAGCACCAAAAGCCUACCUCUAAGGAAAGACGCAGCACAAACUACGAAGAUAUUGCUAGAGUGAUGAAAACGGAUCACCCUUUUCGUCAGGCUAAUUGGAUGAACGACAGUACAACUAGAGAGCAAGAACACAUAGACGGAGUUCGACAUGGAGGAGCAAAGGAUUGUACUAGAGGCCGAGGAGGACAUGAAGAUCCAGACGAAGACCGCGACAGGCAAGGAGCUCCGCUUAGUGGAAGAACCUCUCGACGUGUCGUUUUCCCUGAGCUUCCGGAUGUGGAGGCCGAUUGGCUCAACCAAAAAUCCACGACAAAAGCUCGGUCGUCGGCCUGUGUGACGCGCACUAGAGCUGAUAAUAUGCAUGGUCUCAAGCAAAUGCGCUUGCCUGAGACGUUGAAAGGCUACUACAAGGGGAAUAAUCGGGGAAAUGCGACACCUGGUAGUAUAAGUUAAGGCUUACCCUAAUCCAUCUUCUGAAGCAUCUUAGACCUGUCCCGUAAGGGGGAAAUAGGUCCAAGAUGAAUCCCGCGAUGGAUUAGGGUGAGCUCUUCUAAAUAAGGGGACCAACAUCAGUGGGUGGUGUGCAUGGUGGUCGACAUUCGACGUCUUUUGGAGACCAGAACAUGCAUGAUGAUUCUGACCAAAGCUUUGCGCCACAAGAAAAAAAAGCGACAGCUGUGCAGUUGCAACGCAUACUGAAUAAUCAUCUAAAAGACCGGAAUAAACGGUUUCAAGUAGCGAGAACAUCGAAGGGCGCAAGGAUGUGAGAUAACAAAAACACAAUGAAAAUCGCAUAUAAUUCGGGUUGAUGAUUGCUGGGCCUGUGGGGAGACCGAGCUGGUGCUCGACAUUCAUCAAAAUUUAACGAUACUCAACUACCACUAGACGGAUUCAACAUUAUCAUUCAAAUGCACCUCUUUUCACCAAAACUCAUAAACAAAUGCUAUCACUGAAGUUGUACGUAGUAUGGAUUUCUAUAAUUUCAUCACACUUCGCCUUCAAUCAAACUAUUCAAAAGGAAAUGAACCAGGACAAGCGCGAGCCACCAAGCAAAGUCUUUGAUCAGAAAGUACAAGUAGUUCGAUCCAAUCGAAGAAACCAUAACCACUGGAAUCC